AGUGAAAGCGUUUCACAAUUGUCCGAAAUUCAACGUUACCCCAUCGUAAGAUGCUGUUUGUUCAUCGCCGAAAAUUGGCCUUUCGCUGUGAAAUUUCUGGCCCAACCUGAAAUGCGCGGUCACCUUUCCAGGUGAACUGAAUUCGAUCGUUCGGAAACUUGAGAACACACGUGGAUCCAUAAACCGUGCAAUCCAUUUAUCAAAGACGUUCCUUUCUGUGACUCUCCAGUCUCUCUGCGUUUUGCAGUUUGUCAUUGAGGUUCUUGUUGGAGGCAGCAGCAAAAGGGUGUGCAAAACGUACAGAAAUGCUGAAUAGCUGGACACGUGCAUUCAUUCAAGUUGAGAGAAAGCCAAAUGAAGCUCACUUGGAAAUAUUGUAGCGCAGUCUAGGUUCAAAUUUCAAAGCCUUUUGAGUCGCAUAUACGUAAAAUAUAAACACUAUGAUCAUCAUGUGCAAAGCCAAACAUUUGCUAUUUCCGUUUUUUUUUUUCGUGGCAACAUUACAUCAUUGUGAUGUUUUGAGGUAGAAGCCAACUCUAUAGUUUUUUUUUUUUUUAGCUGUAUCCACAUGAACAUGAGAUAAAGUUCAAAUGUGAUCGUUUUUUGUUUUGUUUUUUUGCGGGGGCACACUCAAAUUCAAAGACCCCGCCACCCCACUUUGAAUUUGAGUGUGCCAAGCGGUCCGACAUGAGAAAUGUAUUUAAAUCAUUUUAGUCGAUAACUUGAAUGUCUCUUUUUUUGACAUUCCCGUGAGUAUCAUAUUUACUUGCCCAAUGCUGUAAAAAGGUGUUUUUGUUCUUUUUUUUUUCUUUUUCUUUUUUUGACUGAAUAAACUCAGGUUUCACUGAAUGCAGUCUGCUUGUAGCAUUAUCUACCCCCCCACCCACCACUUCAGUCAGAUAGCGUGAGUGAGAACAGGUUGCCGUUUUCCCAGUUCGAUGGCCGUGGAGUCGGAGAAGCACCUGCUGCUGGAGCCUCUUUCCUGCUCGGACUCGGAGGGCAGCGAAGACGUCGAGUGGUCGUGCGGUGAUGGUGGCGAGUUGGACACGGGGGAGAGUGGCGAGAGGCGCCGGGCCGGAAAGAAACUCGUGUUCGCCUUGGUCGUCAGCCUGCUUUUUAUGGUUGCCGAGGUGUUCGGUGGGUACGCCGCACACAGUCUGGCCAUCAUGACAGACGCGGCACAUCUCCUGAGUGACGUCGGCAGCAUCUCCGUGAGCAUCUUCUCGCUGUGGAUCGCAGGACGCACACCCACUCACAGCCUGACUUUUGGAUGGCGCCGAGCUGAGAUUAUGGGCAUGCUUCUAUCUCUUUCGUCCAUCUGGGCCGUGACGGUUUUGUUGGUGUCGUCAGCUGUUCAGAGGAUGUCCGACGGCGACUACGACAUCAACAGCGACAUCAUGCUGCUGACUUCGGGCUGCGGCGUGGCUGUCAAUGUCCUGAUGGUGAUCAUCCUGUAUCAGUCGGGCGUCGCUCACACCCACAGCCACAGCCCCAACCGGGCUUUUCCGCAGAAGGACGCUGAGCGGUUGGGCCUCGGUCAUCGUCCGGGUAACGCCAGCGUGAAGGCCGCUUGCGUCCACGCAGUGGGAGACCUGAUCCAGAGUCUCGGCGUACUGCUGGCGGCCGGCAUCAUCCACUUCUGGCCUGAGUGUAAAGCGGCCGACCCCAUCUGUACGCUGCUCUUCUCCCUUGUGGUCAUGUGGACCACCUUUCCCACCGCCCGGGAUGUUUUCAGAGUUCUAAUGGAUGGCGCUCCUCCUGGCAUCAGCGUAGCUUCCGUUCAGGACGCCCUGCUGUCUGUGCGAGGCGUGGCGGCGCUCCAUCGCCUUCACGUGUGGAGCCUGGACUUGGCGCACGCUCUGCUUUGUGUGCACAUCACUGCAGAGGAAGGUGCAGAUGCGCACGUCAUCCUCAAGAGGGCGACAAAGCUCCUGCGCUCCGAUUUCGGCUUCGCCGCCGUCACCAUCCAAGUGGAACCUUCCAGAACCUCGCAGGUGGACCUUUUUUAAAUGUAUGCUACCUGUUAUUUGCUACUUAAGACCGUGCGGAAUGGACUUCGCACACUCCAUUGCUAAUAUUUUGCUAAUUGCAGCACAAUAUAGCAGCCAAGAAGCAGUUGAAUGUGUGUCAUCAUGUGACAACAGCAAAUCUUGUCAGGCUUCAUUUUAGCAAGCAUUGAAAAGAUUACGUUCAUUUUUUUUUUUAAUCUGACGUUUUGUCUGUUUUCCAUUUGAAAAUGUUUUCAGCCAAAGUCCCCCAUUAUUUUCAGAUUAAGGUUAAAGAAAUUGGCCAAAUAAAAACAAAAGUGAAACAUUUCUACCUUUGUUGGUGAA